CGGAGCCUCGCAGUCCGGCCGGCAUCCGUAGCUGGCGUCACCCACACAGCGCGAGCGAGGGCGAGGGCGAGGCCCCCCAGUCAACAGAAAGGGAGAAACAAUUAGCACCAACAAUCACCUGUCCGCGCGGGCUAAUGACAGCCCUCAGCCCAACCACGCCAAGGGAAGCAUGCCGAUGACAGCGACGGCGGCAUCUCGCUGUCUCCCUGGGGAAGAAGAUAAGACGAAGCAGCAGCAGAGAGGGGGGAGAGAGAGGCGGAGAGCUAAGCGAAGCUACGGCUUUAUCCGGCUAGCUUAUAGCUUGAGUUAGGUGGGCGUCUGUCUCGUUCGUGCGCUUUGCCUCCCAGCAGGCACCAGCUCAGCGCAAGCCAUACACACACAUGCAAAUGCAUCCCCCGCUCGGAUUUACGCGUCUGCCGCCUCAGCUCCUCCGCAUCGUCCCGCCGCGCCUCCACCUCUGCAACCGCGGCGUCUGUCUCUGUGUGCUUGCUAGCUCGUCCGUCCCUGCCGAGAGAGAGAGAGAGAGAGGGAUCUCUAUCUCUUUUCACCAUGGCGGCCCGCACGCUUCGUUCCCGCUUCUUUACCAACCCUUAUAUACCCCCCGCACCCCCCUCUCGUCCAUGUCAUCACACCUAUAGCUUGCUUCCUCUUGCUGCACCUGCGCGAGCUGAGCUGCAAACGCACACAAAUCUAGACGCAAAACACUGGAGGGAUAUACCUGCGGCGUGCGCACCAUAGACGAUAGGUAGGUGCACCACUGCAGCCAAAUUUGGCACAUGUCAGUAGCAGUAGGUGCCCAAAUAGAUUAUGGGCGUGCGCGUGCCCUAACGGUUCAUGGCUGAGCAGCAGCCGCCCCAUUCUCCUUACCCGGCGGUGCAAGUGCAACGACCGGGACCGCCAGCAGGCCACAGCCGCCAGGCUGGUUCGGCUUCAGCCUCGCCUCAUUCUCCUUCUCCAGUGGUGCAGGGCGACUACUACGGGACGGCGGCGGCGGCCGCGACGAGCUCGGGGGAGCCGUCGCCGCGGUCGUCCGGGAAGCACGCAUUCUACCGCGGCAUACGGUGCAGGAGCGGCAAGUGGGUGUCGGAGAUCCGGGAGCCCCGCAAGGCGCGCCGCAUAUGGCUCGGCACGUACCCGACGCCCGAGAUGGCCGCGGCCGCCUACGACGUGGCGGCGCGCGCGCUGCGCGGCGCAGACGCCGUGCUCAACUUCCCCGGCGCGAUCGCCUCGCGCGCGGCCCCGGCGUCCGCGUCCCCCGCUGACAUACGCGCCGCGGCCGCCGCCGCCGCGCAGGCGCAGCUCGAGUACUCGCAGUCGCAGGGUGCCGCCAGUAAUCCUCUUGCCGCCGCCGCUGCACAGGGCCGGCAUCAGCAGCAGCACCACGGGGCGAGCAGUACGGCGACAGCUGACGCGGCGGGCUACACCGCGCCGCAGCAGGAGAUGGGCACUGACGAGUUCAUGGACGAAGAGGCCAUCUUCGAGAUGCCGCAGCUCCUGCGGAACAUGGCGGCCGGGAUGAUGAUGAGCCCGCCGAGGCUCAGCCCCGACACCUCCGACGAGUCGCCCGACCCGUCCGAGGCCGGGGAGAGCCUCUGGAGCUACCAUGACCCGUAGACUGCAUUGCCCGAUUGCACGCCUAGCUAGGCCGGCCAUGGCCAGCGGCGGGGCCAGCCGCAUGGAGUGCGGUAAUAGUACAGACUAUAGUGAACUCCCCCUAGUAGUACCCCGGGGCCGGUAGCAAACCAUGGCAACAACAGGAGGAGUGGAGGAGGUACAUGUUACUGCCGGUACAUACCGGCCGGUGCAGCGCAUGCAGCGUCCUCUAUCUGGUAAUAUAUACGAGUGUGUAUGCCAUAAGCAUAGUGUGACAUGCUCGCUAGUAAUGGUAUAUAGUUACCAGGGCAUCCGCUUCAACUUUCAAAUGCUAUUAUUACUACCUUUCAAAUUUAAUAUCCUUUUUUCUGCUCCACUCCUUUCCGUAAUUUUUUUUCUUAUUUUUAAUUUGAUGUGAUUCGGCAUGAUUGAGCAAGUACAGUUGACGCAACUAGGUAGCUUAUUUAUAGUUUUGGCCUAAGAGCAAGCACAUGUUUUUUUAAUGUGCCAAGUGGAUUGUAAGAAGAUGCUAGUACAGCAUACAUGUGUGUUGGGUGCCAUUGUGUUUGUACAGUAUACACACAAGAGAGAAAAUACUUGUGAUUUGUACGGACCCAUCACCCAUGGAUCGGAUAAGAAAAUACAGGUGCAUACAUGCAUGCUCCACUUUCCUUUCUUUUA